UCUCACUUCUCUCUCCGUCUGCAGUUGCUGUUGUGCGCUGUUUCCCCCCCCCCUUCCUAAGUUAUCCCAGCUACACCCUCCCCAAUGGACUCAGCCCUGCUCAGCGGCGGGUCGGUCUCGGAACCGGCUGUGGUGCCGCGUCACAAGCCCCCUCUGUGAUGUCUCGGCGCUCCACGGCUGCUGUCCCGGCGCCAGACCCUUGCUGGCCGUCAUUGCUGACUCCGCCGCGACGGGAUCAGCAGCGCUUCUCGGGCUUGGACCGUCGGGGGCUGCGAAGCACAGCUUCCACGCGGAUCUCGCCUUUCAGAUUUGCCCAUCCUCUCCCCACACCCCCUCCCCCUCCCCGCCCGGGACUCGGCAGAGUCUGCCGGGCAUCUCCUGUGUCUGUUGAACCCAGGCCGAGGCCGCCGAACGCCGAGAGAUGGCCUGGGUCGACCUGCACAGCGCGGCCGCCCGCGGCGACCUGGACCAGCUGCGGCGGCACUGGUGGCUGAAGAAAUUCUUCAUCAACAGGCGCAACGCAGACAAGCUGACACCUCUGCAUCUUGCUUGCAUAAAUGGCCAUGCAGAUAUUGUUCGUUUUCUAGUAGGCAAGAAUUGCAAGCUAAAUCCUGGUGACAAAUAUAAGAGAUCACCACUGAUGCUGGCAGUACAGCACCAGCACAGAGAUUGUGUGGCUGUUCUGCUGGAGCAUGGUGCCAACCGUGCCCACAGAGCUGCUACUGGUAACACCGCCCUUCACUUUGCUGUUCUGAUGUCUAACAAAUCUCUAGUGGAGCUGUUACUAGAGCAUGGCGCAGAUAUUGAUGUUAAGAAUGAACUGGGAUACACUCCACUUACUCUUGCGAUCACCGAGCGUUGCAAAGGGAUGAUCGAGUUCCUUCUUCAAAAAGGAGCUGACGUGAAUGCUACAGAUAAUCAUAAAAGGACCCCUAUGGAAGUUGCUGCUAUUCUUCAGGAUAAGGAUGCAGUAGAAGUUCUUCUUCGCAAUGGCGGUGUUAUCAAUAAAGAAGACACUGGACUGUUUGGAGUUCGAGCUUUUGAAAGACUAUUUCGAGAUGAGCUUAUUGCUAAUGAAGGAGAGGAAUAUGAAUGCUCUGAAAGGAAGGGACAAUGUUCUGCCAGAGGCACAGAAGAAAUUAACAGCUCUUGCUCUGGGACAACUGCUGACAUUCUCUCAAAUACACCUGCAUUGCCAGAAUUAUGUAAGACUCUUCACUAUCAAGGAGGUGUCUUACCAGAAGUGAGAGAAGAGCAGAAGAAAGACAAAGACUCCUCCUGGGAUUCUGAGACUGAUUCCAAAGGUCAAGGGAAAGUGUCCGCUGACCCAACGCUUCCUGCUGCAGUGGGCAAGAGUUUGGAUACGCGCUCUGUUGCAGUGGAGCACGGCAAAGGGGCCUUGUCAGCAGCAGAAGAGCAGAAGGAAGACAGUGACUCUCCCUGGGAUUCUGAGACUGAUUCCAAAGGUCAAGGGAAAGUGUCAACCAACCUGACACUUCCUGCUGCAGUGGGCAAGAGUUUGGAUGCUCACUCUGUUGCAGUGGAGCACGGCAAAGGGUUCUUGCCAGCAGCAGAAGACCAGAAAGAAGACAAUGAGUUUUCCUGGGGAGAUGAUGACUUUUCCUGGCUUUUGGAGACUGAUUCCAAAGGCCAAGGGAAAGUGUUGCCCAACUUGACACUUCCUGCUGCAGUGGGCAAGAGUUUGGAUGCGCGCUCUGUUGGAGUGGAGCACGGCAAAGGGGUCUUGCCAGCAGCAGGAGAAGAGCAGAAGGAAGACAAUGACUCCCCCUGGGAUUCUGAGACCGAUUCUGAUGGUCCAGCAGAAAGUUUGCUGCUUCCUGCUGCAGUGGGCAAGACUUUGGAUGCACGCUCUGUUGCAGUGGAGCACGGCAAAGGGAUCUUGCCAGCAGCAGGAGAAGACCAGAAAGAAGACAAUGACUUUUCCUGGGGAGAUGAUGACAUUUCCUGGCUUUUGGAGACUGAUUCCAAAGGUCAAGGGAAAGUGUCCGCUGACCCAACACUUCCUGCUGCAGUGGGCAAGAGUUUGGAUGCGCGCUCCGUUGCAGUGGAGCACGGCAAAGGUAUCGUGCCAGCAGGAGGAGCAGAGCAGAAGGAAUAUUUUGACCCUUCUUCUAAGAAUAAGGUUCCUACACUGGAGGCAGAAGAUCUUCAGCUAAGGUCUGAUUCUUCAAGUCAAACAGAUUCUCAGCUGGACAGACAGCCAUUGGUCAGGCAGCUGCUGGAGAAGCCUGAUGAAGUUCUCAAAAAGAACUCCCUGGCAGAACCUUCACUUGGAACUAUGAAGACCCACAGCAAGGACCUGAAGGAAGAGAAACCGCUGAUGCAGGAGAAACUGGAGAGGUCUGAAGCUAAGGAACCGAAGGAGCAUCAUAUCCAGGAGGAAUGUUUUGCUGCGUCAUUGAAGAGUGCCCCAAAGGAGAAGGAAAUAACAACUUCCAGGAACCUGCAAGGCCUUCCUCCUUCAUGCAACAUGUCUUUACCUGCAGCUAUCGGCCAGCUGCGAGAACGCAUUCACUGUCUCGAAGUUGAGUACGCCAGGCUGGAAGCCACAGUCCAGCAACAAGCCCAAACCAUUGCAAUAAUUGAGAAGCUCAGGCAAGCCCAAAAGACAUGCAAGUGCUCCAUCAUUCACAGAGGAGCAAGGCCCAAGCUGCCAUAAGAAAGACAGCCAUCUCUCCAGUGUAAUUAACCCAGCAGUGCUUGGGCCAUUUCAGCGAAGACUCCGAGGCAAACUACAUGGAGAGGGGUGCUCUGGAGCUGAGAAUCAUGCCAAGGAAACAAGACAAGCUCUCCUACCCAUUAAGACCUGGAUCCUAGGGCAGAGAGAGUCCCUUACUCUCAAGUGGGAAGCAGUGGAGCUGUGGCUCAGGGACAGCUCUGACUCAGCAUGGAUGGCACCAGCAGGGACUGAGUCCACCCUCACCCCUAGAACAUUCCCACCCCUAGAACACCCCUACUCCUAGAACAGACUAAUUUGUCUACAGUGUGAGGAAAUGAAGUACACCAAGUCACCACAUUCCAUAUUGCCUAAAUAGCAGCAAGAGGCAGUAAGAAAUGCAAAAGAACUGCACAUUUUGUGUAAAGCUUUGGAAGGCUGUAGAGACCUUUCGCGCUCAGACAGUCCAAAGCA